AUGACGAUGACACUCGAUUCAUUGGCCAAGCUCAUCGCGGAGGGCGAGCAGCGGAGGGCAAGUGAGAUGCUGGAGUUGCGUUCGACCCUGUCCAACAUCAAUCCUGAACUUGAGGCCAUCAAGGGCUCGGUUGAUACCUUCAAGCCGGAGCUCGAAGAAAUCAAGUCCAAUUUGGAGGCAUGGAAGCCCGCUAUGGAGAGCAAGGUGGCUGACCUCGGUUUGGCGGUGCGGGAUCUGCGUCGUCAAGUCGACCACAUCGCGAAGGGAGUGGGAGUCGGCGCGCUUGGUUCUCCACCAGCGGGGACAAUUCCACUGACGGGCACAUCUUCGUCAGUAUCGCCAUCAGUGGGCGUGCACUCCGGGCAAUCUGGCCACGGCGUCGAACUACAACACCGGGGCGCAGCGGUGGAGUCCCUUGACACUCCACCGCCCACCCCGGUCACAGGUCCGAAACACAUCAUGUCUAUGGUUCCUUUUACUGCAAAUACUAUAGCUGUCCCUGGGUUAGAAGCACCUAAACAAACUAUCUCUGGCACUAAUCCACCUCCACAAGCUGAUUUCCCUAAAUUUGAUGGAGAAAACCCACGCCUAUGGUCGCGCGCUUGCGAGAAGUAUUUUAGGGUUUAUGCUGUUAGUGCAGAGUAUUGGGUUGAGUAUGCAACGAUGCAUUUUACUGGAAAUGCAGCGUUGUGGUUUCAAAGUGCGGAGGAUAAAAUGGGUGCUAUAUCAUGGCAAUCGUUUUGUGAUACUAUAAACAAACGAUUCGACCGUGGUCAGUACCAACACCUAUACCGUUUGUCUUUCCGUAUUAAACAACAUACCACUGUCUUAGAGUAUAUUGGGAGAUUCGAUAAUCUCAUGCACCACAUGCUUGCUUACAAGCCAGAUUUAGAUCCAACAUUCUUCACCACUCGCUUCAUUGAUGGCUUGCGUAAUGAUUUGCGUGCUACUGUCCUAAUUCAAUGCCCCCAAGAUCUCGAUACUGCCGUGUCUCUCGCCUUGUUGCAGGAAGAAAUUGGGGAAGAUGUGGACACUAUGCAGUACUCUCCUAAACCAAGUGGUUUUCAGCGCGUCAACUAUAAAUCACACAGUCCUAAAAGCUGUGAGGUUUCGCAUGAUCGCGCCAAGGCAGGGGUCCAAGCUGAGGACCGCAGGGCUACUGAUGUGGCCAGGGCAACAUCUACUGCUCAGAAAUUGGCUGCUUUGAAGGCGUAUAGAAGAGCUAUGCAUUUGUGUUUUAAGUGUGGCGAAAAAUUUAGCCAACAACAUCAAUGUGCUAAGACAGCCCAGCUACAUAUUGUGGAGGAGUUAUUGGAAAUGAUAGAAGGUCCAGACAGCCCGGACUCUUACACUACAGCUGUCGAGGCUGUUACAGAGGCUGAUCAAGACUUGUUCUGUUUGUCCCAACAAGCAGUGUCAGGUACUGAGAACAACGCUUGUUUCAGGUUGCAAGGUGUGAUCCAAGGCAGGGAGGUCCUCAUUCUCAUCGAUUCAGGAUCAUCAGGCAAUUUCAUCAGUGAGCUCCUUGCAAAACAACUCGAAGGUGUUCAACCUCUGUCAAUACCAGUGAAAGUGAAAGUAGCUAAUGGGGAGAUCAUUUCUGGUAGCCACUAUAUUCCAGAGUGUUUGUGGUCCUGUCAAGGUGCUCAGUUUAAUACGUCAGUCAAGAUUUUGCCUAUACAGUGCUAUGAUUUAAUCUUAGGAAUCGAAUGGCUUAAGACCCAGAGUCCAAUGCAAGUGGAUUGGGAGGCCAAAUGGAUGGAAGUGAAGCAACCUGGUGGCAAACAUCAAAUCUUUGGUAUUUCAGCUGACACAUCUUCUUGUCAUAUCAUAUCUGCUGACCUAUUGGCUCAAUGGGAUGAAAAUGAAGCUUUAUUGUAUUUAGUACAGUUGUGUUUAGUGGAUGAACAAGAACACAGUACAAUACCAGAAGCCCUGAGCCAGCUAACAGCUGAAUUUGCUACGUUGUUUGAAGAACCAACAGGCCUUCCCCCUCAGCGCUUGUGUGAUCAUAAAAUUCCUCUAUUACCUGGUGCUACACCAAUGAAACAAAGGCCCUACAGGUAUAAUCCGCUACAGAAAAAUGAGAUCGAGAAACAAGUGGCGGAGUUAAUUAAGCAAGGCGUGUUACAGUAUAGUUCAAGCCCGUUUGCUUCCCCCGCUUUACUGGUUAAGAAGAAAGACCUCACUUGGAGGCUCUGUCAGGAUUUCCGGCGCCUCAAUGCAAUGACUAUCAAAAACAAAUACCCAUUGCCGGUCAUUGACGAACUGUUAGAUGAGUUGGCUGGUGCUCAUUGGUUUACUAGUCUUGACCUGCGAGCGGGUUAUCACCAGAUCCGUAUGUCAGCUGAAGAUGAGCACAAGACGGCAUUCCAAACACAUCACGGACAUUUCGAAUACAAAGUCAUGCCUUAUGGGCUUACUGGUGCGCCUGCCACCUUUCAAGGCGUGAUGAAUGAAGUUCUCGCACCUGGGUUGCGCAAAUUUGUCAUAGUAUUCAUAGAUGACAUUCUUAUCUAUAGCAAAACACUCUCUGAUCAUGUGCAGCACGUGAGGCAAGUUUUCUAG